AUGCGCUUCUCCAUCGCAGCCCUAGUCUCCCUCCUCGCCGUCAGCGCCCAAGCGGCCGUCAACGAGCCCUGCUACGGCAAGAGUGGCUUCGCCGGCGUGUGCGUGACGACGUCGGCGUGCUCCAAGGCCGGCGGCACCACCAUCUCGGGCGCCUGCCCCAAGGACCCGGCCAACGUCAAGUGCUGCUCCAAGCCCAAGUGCGGCUCGGGCGGCGCGGGCAACUGCCGCUGGACGUCGGACUGCGCCGGCAGCAAGGCGAGCAACCAGUGCCCCGGCCCCGGCCAGAUGAAGUGCUGCAGCUCCGCCGCCCGCGGCUUCGGCGGCUACAAGGCCCCCAGGAUCCCGGCCGUCGGCGCCUGCAAGAGGAACGCCGUCACCGGCGCAAAGAAGAUCGUUGCCGCCUUCCCCGGCCGCGUCCGCGAGAUCGGCUGUGUCCGUGACUGCACCUGCGGCGCCAGUGGCAGCUCCGACCACUGCUGCGGCCGGGCUACCGACAUGAUGAUCUCUGAUCACGGUGGUGAUGCUACUCUCUCCGGCCGCGAGAUUGCCGAGUGGGUCAUGAACAACCGCAAGGCCCUUGACGUCAAGUAUGUCAUCUGGGGCCAGAGGAUCUGGACCUACUCCGUCGACAAGAAGACCAAGGCUUGGGCUAGCUGGCGCAGCAUGGAAGACCGCGGCUCUCUGACCGCGAACCACUGGGACCACGUCCACGUUUCUUACAACAGCUAG